AUGGCUCUUCAUAUUCAUGAAGCUUGCAUACUGCUAUUGGUCAUCCCCGGAUUGGUCACCUCUGCAGCCAUCAGUCAUGAAGACUAUCCUGCUGAUGAAGGUGACCAGACCUCCAGUAACGACAACCUGAUUUUUGAUGACUAUCGAGGGAAGGGGUGUGUGGAUGACAGUGGCUUUGUAUACAAGUUGGGAGAAAGAUUUUUCCCAGGGCAUUCCAACUGCCCAUGUGUCUGUGCUCUGGAUGGACCUGUCUGUGACCAGCCAGAAUGCCCUAAAAUUCACCCAAAGUGUACUAAAGUGGAACACAAUGGAUGCUGUCCUGAGUGCAAAGAAGUCAAAAACUUUUGUGAAUAUCAUGGGAAAAAUUACAAGAUCUUGGAGGAAUUUAAGCCCUCUCCAUGUGAAUGGUGUCGCUGUGAGCCCAGCAAUGAAGUUCACUGUGUUGUAGCAGACUGCGCAGUUCCUGAGUGUGUCAACCCAGUCUAUGAACCAGAACAGUGUUGUCCUGUCUGCAAAAAUGGUCCAAACUGUUUUGCAGGAACGACGAUCAUUCCGGCUGGCAUUGAAGUGAAAGUGGAUGAAUGUAACAUCUGUCACUGUCACAAUGGGGACUGGUGGAAGCCUGCUCAGUGUUCAAAACGCGAAUGCCAAGGCAAGCAGACUGUGUAG